AUGCAUCCAAAGUCGCGGCAUGCGUUCCAGAAAGCGCGUGUUAUGCUUCGUCAGCGGCGCCUGAACGAGGCGAAACACGUACGCGACCGGCAAAAAUCGGCGAAAGUCGACCGGAUUAUGACCUUUGUACUGCUGCUUCCAGACGAAAAGACGCAUCUUCCGGAUCUGUAUGCAUUCCACGACUUUAUUACAACGUUCUACCUCGGGCGGCACGACGAAGAGCUCGCCAUGCUGCGUCAGGAGCAGCGCCCAGGUCGCCCGAAAAGCAAGCGGCUUAUGGAGCUAGAAGACUUGUAUGCGGCGGAGCAACAAGAAUAUCGUGAGGGCAUGGAUGUACCGGACCUGUGUAACGAGACGAACGUCACGCUAUUGCGUGCAUGGAAGGGCGACCCGCAGGCGAUUCCCCUGUUCCGCUUUGUGCGGAUCAGCUCGACUGACCGGGACCUGUGUCGCGUCGUUCAGGCGGGCACGCACAAGCAGCUGCAGAAUGCCUAG